AUGGAAGAGGUUUCUGAACUUCUCAAAACGUGGGAGUUGGAUACACUUAUUCCGGAGUUUAACAAACAACAAAUAACUAUACAAGCCUUAUCAGCACUGACAGAUGCAGACAUCAAAGAAUUAAUUCCGCUGACGGGUCCCAGAUCCAUAUUCAUGAGAUGCUGGAGGUUGUGGAAGGCAGAGUUUUCUUCUUCUGUGGAUUUAUCUUUGUUUGAAUCUAUUAUUAAAGAAGUAAUUGUAAUUAAUGAACCAUUACAAGAAAAGGAAAAUUUGCAUCCAAAUCUAACAUUGCUUGGGGAGAGUUCUCAGUGCAUGAUAUUGGAAAAGCUUUUAGUGGAAUCGCUUGACUCUGCAUCUCUCCUAGCGUUUAAAGGUCGCUGUCUUGCAGGAGACAGUGCAAGAAAUUUGUUGUCAGCUGUUAUUGCAAAGGCAAUACUUAAUGAAAACAAAAAUUCACCAAUUAGUGGUGCUAUUUAUUACAAAUGGGCUAACUACAUUAAAGAGCUCUUUCCUGGAGAGAGAACGACCACAUAUUAUAUCCCAGCGUGCACUACAGCAAAUGGUAUUGUCCUGCAAGCGAAGGGUAAACUUGUAAAUCAAGUACUAAACAAGCGAAGACACCUACAGAAUUUGGGAGCUUUACCAAUCGUCAAUAGGAAACGUAGUAGAGAAGAGAGCCCUACAUAUACCGAAUCAAACCCGUCUCCAAGGCCCAUACCAGAUAUUUUCAUAGGCGAAGAGGAUAUACUCUGGCUUGAAAACUCUGCUGAUCCUUGGUAUUUGGUUGAGGAAAAGUGGCAAAGGACUCAAAAAAUAAGAGCCCACUUCUUGUAUGGAUCAAACGAUGCAUCAAUUGAAACAUACUUUGGAAAGUACUUGGGACUAAGGCAACCACAUGGAUAUUCUUUGGUAAAUAAUAAUAUAGUAUUUUAA